GUGGGAAGUUCGUGGAAGUCAACUCAGAUCAAGUUCAACAUACAGAAUUCUCCUCAAAGUUUGGUCCCGACAUUUAAAAAUGCGAGCGGGGAUUAAACGUGGAAACUUUCCCUCUGAGUUUUACGUCCUCUCUCUUUUUAGCCUCUCCUCCGUCCCCUCCCCCUCUGUGUCUGGCAGCAGGGUGGAGUCUCUCAGUGGAUCUGACCAGUGUCAGGGUCCAGUGUCAGGGUCCACCUCAGUAGCAAAGGACUGAUCAGGUCCUGUUGUUCCUUCCUCUUCUGGAACGUUCCGUCCUCUCGUUGUCUCUGGAUCCUCAGAUGCUUCUACUUUAACUCGACUCCUUUUCACGUUUUCUUCCACAUUAAGAGAUUUUUGGGUCCGGUUCUUCACGUCUGGACUCGUGUGGUUUCGCAGCCAUCAUGACAGACAAACCUGGGAUGUCUCCGGGCGGCGGAGACGACGCGGGCAGCAUCAUGGCGUUGCUGGAGCGUGUGGCGGGCCUCAUGGACGGUGUCCAGGCAACGCAGCAGCGCAUGGAGGAACGUCAGCUGGAGCUGGAGAACACGGUGAAGACUAUCCAGGCUGACGUUAUCAAGCUGACCAACGAGCAUGCAAACACCAGCUCCACCGUUGACCGGCUGCUAGAGAAGACGCGCAAGGUCAGCCGCCACAUCAAGGACGUCAGGGUGCGCGUGGAGAACCAGAACGUUCGGGUGAAGAAGGUGGAGGCCACGCAGGGAGACCUGCUGGCCAAGAACAAGUUCAGGGUCGUCAUUUAUCAGGGCGACCAGGAGGUGAAGGCCAUUUCACCCGGCAACGAGUCAGCGGAACACAGCGGCAGAGGCGGAGCCGAGGUGGAGCCGGACAAGUUUGAGCUUCCUCCAGAUUCAGACGAGGAGUACAUGGUGGUGGAGGAGGCCGACUCCUCAUCCGCCGGCCGCAUGAAGAAGUCCGGCCUGACACGCAUCGAGAGCUUCAAAGCCACGUUCUCCAAGGAGAACAUGAGCAAGACCCGAGAGAACCUGGGCACCAAGGUCAACAAGCUAGGUGGGCGCAUCGUGACGGCCGAGCGCCGCGAGAAGAUCCGUCAGUCUGGCGAGAGGCUGAAGCAGUCGGGCGAGAGGCUGAAGGAGACCAUCACCAAGAACGUGCCGGCCAAGCUCCAGCUGAAGAAGGAGAGGACUGUGGCCGAGGGUCAGGAAGGAGCCGAGGCCGCGGAGGGAGCCGCGCCCGUCCCCCCGCCCAAGGGACGCAAGGGCAGCCCGGACGCUGCCAAGAUGGCCGCCGACGAGGGCAAGGGGGAGGAGGCAGAGGUGCCGAUGUACGACAUGAAGCAGCUAUCGUAAAAAUAAAAAGCCAUGACGCAGCCACAAGGUUUUCUUUGGACUACUGAGACCACGCAGAAAAGGGCCGGACUUAAGUUUGGAGGGCAUCGCCACCGCGGCCACCAUGUUGGCGCCGCAUGGGUGCAGGCAAAUGAUGAAGUGUAACUUUAUUUUGAAAGUUGUUGAAGGAAGUGAGCGAGGAAGGAGAAGAUCCAGGCAGAGGUUUUUCAUCUUCAGCCUCACAUGGACACAAAUAUGAAGGAGAAUAAUAAGAAUUCUAAUAAUAAAUAUGAACGUGCUUGUUUGGACUUUGAUAAACACGGACUGUCUCUUUUUCACGUUAUCUGUUUAUGACGACACUUACAUGUAAACAUUAGUUCCAUGCACUUUAGAUCAGGGUUAGCAAAUAAAAGCAGAUUAUUAGAUUAUUUUUCUUCACCACAUAAAUUAACCAGUUAAACACCAGGUUUAAUAAAUAAAUAAAUAAUACCUUUAUGUUGAAACUUUUACUUGUGUUAGGUUGUAAUGAGUCAGUGUUACAUUGUAAUUCACAUUCACACGGAACGUUAGCAGCUACUGUAGUUGUUAGCAGCCACUGUAGCUGUUAGCAAUUACUGUAGUUCUUAGCACCUACUGUAGUUGUUAGCAGCUACUGUAGUUGUUAGCAGCCACUGUAGCUGUUAGCAAUUACUGUAGUUGUUAGCAGCCACUGUAGCUGUUAGCAAUUACUGUAGCUGUGAGCAGCUACUGCAGUUGUUAGCCAUUGCUGUAGUUCUUAGCAGCUACUGUAGUUGUUAGCAGCUACUGUAGCUGUUAGCAAUUACUGUAUUUCUUAGCAGCUACUGUAGUUGAUAGCAGCUACUGUAGUUGUUAGCAGCCACUGUAGCUGUGAGCAGCUACUGCAGUUGUUAGCAGCUACUGUAGUUGUUAGCAGCUACUGUAGCUACUAGCAAUUACUGUAUUUCUUAGCAGCUACAGUAGUUGUUAGCAGCCGCUGUAGCUGUUAGAUGCUAACACCACAGCCUCUGGCUACAGCAGUAGUGAGCAGAGUCACUACUUUAUGACUCCUGGUGAUGGCGCUCAUCACAGGAGUGAGCAGAAGUGAACUGGCUGAAGAAGACAUUGACAUUGAGAUAAUGUUGGAGAAAAGAAUGCAACAUUCAUUUUCUUACACAGAUAACGUGAUGUAUCGUUAGAGGAUCGUUUUGUACGUACUGAUUAUCGCUGAGUCACUGUAUUGUCCUGAUUUUAUCGUUAUUGUGGGACAUGUUUUAUGUAUCGUAUCGCAAGCAUGUUGGUAAAAGAUUUGUAAAAACAUAAAAACCCUGUGUCAUCAGAGGUGAAAACAGAUACUAGUCAUGUGACUUAUAGACAUGACAAUAAUGGAACAGUUCCACCUAGUGGCCGGAGGAUUUACUUAAAAUGAAUUUUGAAAGAAUAAAAAGUAGUUUUGACGUGUAAGCACAGAUCUGACAGCAGCAUCAUGUGACCUGUUGUUUAUUCUGCGUUUGUUUUGUAGCUUUGCUGCUGAGUGAUGCAUGACUGUAGUUUGUCAGUGAAAACAUUAAAGCUGUUUUUGUCAAGUGGAGAAAAUAAAGUUGACGUGAAUCAUU